AUGAUGGAAAUUGAAACUCCAGUGUCCGCGGUGGGCGGACCUUUGCACAGUUCAAAAACAGCAAAUGGCGGCCACACCUCUCGCAGCGCCCACGUCGUCGAGGAGAUUCGCAAGCGUUUCUUCACCGAAGUGUACCCCAAUAGCAAAGACCAGUACGAUGAGGUGGACAUUGAGCGGGUGCGCACCUCGGAGUGGUUCAUCAAGCGGUACCUGCUCGCAGCGCGGCGCAAUCCCGACGAGGCCCUGAACAUGCUCAAGACGACACUUGCCUGGCGGAAGACAGUGCAGAUUAGCAGCACACCCAUCAACACCUUCCCGCGGGAGUUCUUCCAGGUGGGCGGCCUCUUUCAGUACGAACCAGACCUCGAUGGCAACCCCGUUAUCUACAUGCGCAUCCGCAUGCACCGCAAGAUUCCCGAGCUGGCAGAGCCGAUUCAGCAGUUCCUCUUCUACAUCAUCAACAAGGUCGACCUGGAGACGAACAGCCAGGGGGCGGUCAUUCUCUUUGACUGCUCAGGGGCCGGCUAUGCCAACAUGGACCUCGACAUGCUCAAAGUUCUGAGCGAAGUGGCCUUCAAGUACUUUCCAUUCUGCAUCAAGAAGGUCAUCGUCUACGAGCUGAGCUGGAUGCUGAACGCCUUCCGCCGCAUCGCAAUGACCAUAAUCCCUGGCGCCUUUGCCCGCAUCGUCCACUUUGCCACCAAGGACGACAUUACCAACUACAUUGCGGCGGAGAAUCUGCCCGACUUUAUGGCAGGUGGGCGGUGUCGGCGGGACUACCGGGCAGUGCCGGAGGGCUGUCCCGACGUGGAGACGGUGGCGCUGGAGCGCGGCUUUCAGCUGGCUGAUGUGGAGCGCAUCAGGGGCAUCUUUGCGCCGUACCUCGAUGAGGCCAUGGCGGCCAUUGAGAAGCGGAGGGCAGAGGAGGAGGAGGAGGAGAAGGCGGCGAAAAGAAGGUCUGAAGAAGAGGAUGUUGUGCCGGUGAUCACCUCACCUGCUGAUGAAGAGGAUGAAGAAACUUCCAACAAAGAUAACUCCUCGGGUCCAGUCGCCAUUGUCCGCGCUCAGGGCGGCACUGCCUUUGAGGACUACGCCUCGCUGUACCCGCAAAACGUCAUCACAUUUAGGCGAACGCCACUCACAAACUCCAGUACAAGCAGUUGGAGUGAGGAGGAUCGUCAAAACGACAACAGCAGAAACAGCACCGACCAAUGUCCAUUGGCCGGCACUGUUCUACUGCGCAACAACCACCGCAGCCAGGCACUGGCCUUCAAGGUGCAGUCUACCCGGGCCGAGGCCUACUCGGUGACGCCCGCCCAGGGGGUGAUCCUUCCUGGCGCCUACCUCUGCAUCAACAUCGCCCUCAAAGAAGAGGAGGAGGAGAAGGAGGAGUGUGGAAGAAGCUCAUCUGAAAUG